GAUAAUCUGUCUGUUCACAAAUAACAGUAGUAUAUUUUCAAUGGAUGAAGGAUGUAUCCUUAUCCAGAUAUCUAUUAUCCAUUCCCCUCAAUUCACUUCAAUUAGUAUGGAGAAAAGAAAGAUCCCCGGAAAAGCAUUCCACCCAGGAGAAAUAAGACAAGAAAAGGAUGAUCGCUUACCCCACGGGGUGCAAUCGGGACAGCUCCUCUACGAGCCUCGCCGGAUUCCGGAAUCCGAUUUGCAUUUCGUGCUUUUUAACUUAACCAACUUGUUUGUGUGUGGAAUUGGGAUCGUCGCAUUUCGUCACUGGAGAAGUAGUACUUUACAUAACUGAAUAAUUCGUAAUGUAUUGCAAUUGGCAUGGAUUUGGCAUGAGAUUCCGAGGUUGCUUGGUUUCCUAACUACGUAUUAGUUUGUCUACUCUAGGCUAACUCACUAGAGCUCGCGCGAAUACUUACUAACUAUCAAUGCUA